AUGUCAGUGUGUGCAAAGCCAGGAAAUGCAUCUUCAAGAAGAACUGUAAAUCUUCAAACAAAUUCACAGAAAAGAUAUGACAAAAACCUGAUAUUCUCUGAUCAGUUUGAUAGUAAUGAGAUUGAUGCAAGUAAAUGGAAGCAUGAAAUAUCUGCAUCUGGAGGAGGGAUCUGGGAGUUCCAGAUAUACUCACCUGAACCAGACAACAGCUACAUCAAGGACAAUGUAUUAUAUCUCCGUCCCACCUUAACAGCUGACAAAUUUGGUGAGGAAUUUCUAUACCAUGGUAUUUUAGACGUUGAAGAGAUCUGGGGAGAAUGUACAAACACCAAGUUUUAUGGUGGAUAUCGAGAUUCAAAAUAUGGCAUGAUAUCACCGGUAAUGUCGGCCAAAUUGAUGUUGCAAGAAAAGUUCAGUUUCAGGUAUGGUCGAGCGGAAGUUGAAGCUAAAAUGCCAAAAGGGGAUUGGAUAUGGCCAUCAAUUCAAUUGCUCCCUCGAGACAAUUUUUAUGGAGAAUGGCCAAGAUCAGGACAUAUUAUUAUGGCUGAAAGCAGAGGUAACCAUAACUAUGGUAGAAUUGGUGUAGAGAACAUAACAUGCACGCUUCACUGGGGAACUCAGUGGAAUGAAAAUAGAUGGGAAAUGACAACUGGCCAAAGGAAAUCGCAAGUUGGAACAUGGGGAGAUGAUUUUCACACAUAUUACUUGGACUGGACUCCUAAUCAUAUAACACUUGGAGUAGAUGACGUACCAGUUAUGACAUCAGUAACUCCUAUAGGUGGAUAUUUCAAGAAAGGAUUUUUUGAUGGAGAUAACAUUUGGUGUGAUGGUGGAAAAAAUGCGCCUUUUGACAGAGAGUUUAGUCUCCAAUUUAGCCUGGCUGUCGGGGGAACCAAUGACUACUUUCCAGAUUUCGUGCAGAAUGUUGGCUAUGAGAAGCCAUGGUGCAACAGGGACCCACGGGCGGCAAAAAAGUUUUACGAGUCGAGAGAUAAAUGGAUGGAUACUUGGAAUGGAGAGGACGCUGCAUUGAAAAUCCGUUCUGUUAAAAAAUGGUCGGAUAAGAUAUCAUGACAAUAAAUGUA